UCUACAUUGACAGUGGCUCAGGGAGAAUCAGCUGCGGGAGAGCUCGAAGAUUAAAAUCAAGUGGACUUGACAAGCAACAGCCUACGCAAAAUGGCAUUGAGAAAAAACACGCUGGUUAUCCACACUCUUAACAAGUAGCGGAGCUUUGGAGCACAUCUUGAGCGCCGCAAUCUUCUCCUCAAUCUGGAUUUCACCGCAACAGCAGAAUCUUCACAAGCGGCUUCUGGGAGAAUGAAGGCACGUGCCCCACCUCCGCCACAGGCCCCUCAACCUGCCCCGCGCCACAUCUUUACAAACCCUGUACCCGAUGGGGGUGGAACACCGGGCAUGGACUUCAGAGAGAACAUAAUGACACUGACUGUGGAUUUUGAGCUGACUCUCCCGCAAGGCUACCGGACAUCUGUAACCGAGGAUGGAAGUAAGGCGCUGAUGGACUUGCUGGUCGACCUGUGUAGCCGCUACCAUCUGAAUCCAGCACUGCACACCCUGGAGCUGUUGUCACCCGAAGGCCACUCUUUGGGUUUCAAGCCCAACGCACUGCUGGGCUCCCUCAAUGUUGCCUUUGUCCUCAUCAAGGAGAAAGCCUACGAAGAGAAGGUGGUGCGCAGACUGGCACCCAAAGCCCCUGAGAAAACAGUGCGUUUGAUGGUGAACUAUCACGGCGGCCAGAAGGCGGUGGUGCGGGUCAACCCGUUGGUGCCACUUCAGGCACUGAUACCAGUCAUUUGUGAAAAGUGCGAGUUGGACCCGAGACGUGUCCAGCUCCUCAAGGACAGCAUCAGUCGUGACCAGUUGCCACUGGACAAGUCUCUAGCACAGCUGGGAAUUAAGGAGCUCUAUGUCCUUGAUCAGGGUCGAGUUUUGCACCAAAAAACGGCUUCCACACCUGCGCUAAACUAUUCAGACUCCACCAGCUCCAUCAGCUCCACCAGUUUAGACAGGGGGUCUAAGAAAGGCCUUUUUGGAUUUUUCCAGUUUGGCCGGAGGAAGUCCAAGACAGAGACAUCCUCUUUUGGCAUGGAUGACUGCCAUGAUAAAAGUCAAUAUGCAGACCAAAGCUCCUACGGGCUGUCCACACGGGGAGGACCUCCAGGCACAGAGGACAGGUCCCACACCUUGACCCAGUCUCAGUCAGUCGUGAACGUCUUGAGGACGUCUCCCAAGCUUGACACCAAAAAGCGGAGGGCUCCAGCCCCUCCACCAGGGCCCCUGGUGUCCUCUAUGGGACACAGUCAUUCCGAGGCUGAUCAGACGGGCUAUGGCUCAGAAAGCCAGCAGAGGAAAAGAAAAGCUCCAUCGCCUCCUUCCACCGGAGGUUCCAUCACCCCAGACGACCAUAACGGGUCUACUUCUGCCACGCCCACCCCCGACAACCAUACGUGUGUAAAACCUUCUCCGGCUUUGCGCACCAAGACGGCCCAUACAAACUCAGCCACUUCCACCACCGUCACAGCAGUUAGGCCACAGUCCCUGAGGAUUGAGGUUCAACCUCCAUCGGUCGUCAGCGGCGCCGCUAAACGAGGUUCCCUGACUCCAAGCAGCAGCACUUCCGACAGCCAAGUCAUCCAGGAUUCCAGCUCUGAAGUCAGCCACUGCCUUGAUGACUCUGAUCUCGACACGGACACGACAUCCCGCUACAGUACACUCACCAGCAGCAAUGCAAGCGGAUCAGUGCAGAUCCAAACCCCUGCAAAAACCUCCAAAAAAAAGAGGGAAUUAGAAAUGGCUGGCAAUGCGUCCGGCAAAUCAGUGGUGGCUUCAACUAGCAUCUCCGGGACAGAGAGUGAAGUCGAGACCAACGGACACAGCGCAACGGGGACAGCUGAUCCGCCAGCUCCACCCAAGCCCCGUCGUUCCCCGGCCCGGGAACACCCUACCGUGUCUACCCCUUCCCUGCACUCCCCUUCAUUUGAACCCAUAGAAAGCGGCUCCCCACGGAGCGCCGUGGAAAAGGAGGACACUGCUCCCCAGUCCUGGCUGCACUCGAUGCAGAGCACCGCAGCUCACGUCAAGGACCCAGGAAAUAGAGGCCCCGAGGAGGAGAGACUGUCCCUGGGAAGCAGCAGUGGCAGCAGCCUCCCGGAUCAAGGUUAUGCCGCUUCUGAAGGAAUGGUAGAUGGUGACGACUCGGGCCUGGUGAGCUCUCCAUCUGACACCCAUCCCACAUCCCCGGAGGGUAGUUUGUUUUUGGAGAGGAGCGAUAAAGCCAGGCGAGAGAAGGAGUCUGGGCCGGUUCGGGACAUUUCCAGUGACAGCGAUGAAGGAUGUGCCACCUGGAAUUCAAACGACAGUCACAUCAAACUGCAGGCAAAGUCAGGCAGAGUAAAAGGCACCUAUGAAGACAAAUAUAAAUGGCUCCAUCAGGCCAAUUUGGCUGCAGACCUUUCAGCGAUCCAUCGGGUGCCUGUUUCUGUAGUGGACAUGGAUAUACCGGUCACUGCUAUAGAUGAAAUAGUGGAUGACCAUCAACCUGGAGAGGGAAAUACGGCAACAGUACUCACUGACAUGAAGUUGUCUCACAGGAAAGGUUCAGAAGGUGCUGCAGAGUUGCGCAACAAAAACAACAACGCUUGCACAGCGUCUACUAAAAGCAUUGUGAAUGCCAAGCACGUAUCUAAACCUGAUCAGUAUAGAAUGCCACUGGAAAAGGGGCCAAGUGUUGACUCAAAGGACAACACCAUUUACAAAAGAGCACGAGACCAGAUGACUAAAGAUGUGAAGGAUGAUAAACAAUCAUUUUCAGUCAAUAAGUCCCCGGAAUCGAGCAACAACAUGAUAAAAAAUCAAAGUCUCAGAUCUGAUCUAAAGAGUAAAGCUGAUUGUUUACCUCAGGACAGUUCCGUUCGACCCCAUGCUAGCCAGCGAUCAUUAUCCACGGAAGGGGGGGGCACUCAUAGUGUGUACCCAAACUCCAGCUCUAAUGUUGUGCAAAGGAAAGUUACUUGCAAUCCCACCUCUCGAUUUGGUAUGAAAACGUUCACUGUUGUUCCUCCCAAACCGUCGGUCAUGCAAGGUGCUCCGCAAAUUGCAUCUGCCCCGUUAACUGCUGGUGCCAUUAAGAUUGACGAGCAAGGAAAUAUCAUGAAAUGUGCCGGUGGCCACCACAGCAAAGGAGUUGAGCCCACACAGUCUGGGAUUCCCAGCACCGAUGGCGCCCCCCUGUUGGGAAAAGCCAAAGCUUUUUGGAGCUCCAGUGAAUGUUCAGGUCCUUGUAGCAAAGGCGUGACUGACAAGGCAAAGGGGAGCUUGGAAAACUUGAAAACUUCAGAGACCACAUUGAGCACUGACAGAAGAGAACUUGUGAAAACCCAACACAGACUGAAUAAUCCGACGGAGUGUACCCAGUUCAAAGAGACAGAUCGUAAAACCAACCAAUCAACAACGACUAUUGUCUCUGCUAAACAGCAACAAGCAGAAGUGAAUAAUAAUACUUCAGUACCCGCAGGUUUUAAGCAGCCACCACUUGCUCCUGACCUUCACGCCUUCCUCAAAACGUCCAGAUGUACCUCCAGUCAAUAUGUGGCGUCUGCCAUUAAUAAGUACACCCCCAAGACCGCUACGAAAACCAACAUUGUGUCUUUCCCUUCGCAGUCCAGUCCUCUAACACAACCCAAAGUUGCCUUCCGUUCGCUGGGUCACUCAAUCCAAGUCAAUCCACGACAGUCCUCCAAGAUCUCUUUGAUCGAUAAUAAGAUGAGUCAAUCUGAGCACCCUGGUCCCGUGAGGUCCAAGAGCUACCCCGAAUUUGUGUCAGAUAGCCAGAGACAAGUCAGAGAAGACAAGGGAGGAAACUGUGUUGAAUCCACACAAGGCAGUUCCUGGUCACUCGGGCUCGUGUCGGACAAAAUUAAACACUUUCAGUCAAGUGGUGUCACUCAAACAACCAUGACUGAUGGCGGCGUUAGACAAGUCCAGAAUUAUCAAUGUAGAAGCCCCACGACUUCUCAUAGUAGUCGUCUUCACUCAAGCUCGUGUCUGACAGCCGCUGACCCACAACCACAACCACUACGUAGAAUGUCGGACAGUGCUGUCACUCAGGAACCUUCACCCGUGAACCUGUUUGGACCGGUUAAAAAGUUUAGGCCAGUGAUCUGUAGAUCUAUUGAGAGAGAGACCUCUCUGCACACCAACCUAAUGGAGGCCAUCCAAGCAAGUGGUGGCAAGGACAGGCUCAAGAAGAUAUCCUCAUCUGGUCCCAGAAGCAAAGAGGCCUCUUCUGAUGACGGUGAUAGAUCUGCUCUUUUUUCCGCCAUUAGAGCCCAGAGCUGCUGUGAAAGGCUAAGGAAGACUAAAUCAGAGGCUGCUGAAGAGCUACAAAGGUUCAGGAUGGCAGCUUCUGAAGAACAACAAAGGGAAGAUUUUCCCUCUCCUUCAUCAGCUUCUUUGGCUUACUCUUCUCCUGUCUUCGCAUCUCCACCGCUGCUGCUACCCACCAUGUUUGCAUCUCACCAACAACCUCCUUCCUUCGUGCACCAAGUCCAGCAGAACGCUGUAGCACGUCCGAGUGCAAACGCCUUCAUGAACCCUGUCAUCGCCAGGGAAGCCAUGAUGGAAGCCAUCCGCUCUGGAUCAGCUGCAGAAAAGCUCAAAAAGGUGGCCGCGCCCACAAAGACGGUCCAAGUGAACGGCAGACUGGGAACGAUCUGUUCAAGCUCCAAGCUCUCGCAAUAACCAGGCCAUCAGAACAAGAAGUAUUGACUUUAAGUUGAGUUUUAUUUCUCCAACGUGGUCACUGAUGUCCGUCAGCGACUUCCAAUGUGUGACUACGGCAGAUGAAAAGGAAAAAAGCAAUAUAAACGAGUGUUGAUCUGAAAGUAACAACAUGAAAGGAAACGGCUAGUUUAAGAAUGCUAAACUUUCCAGGUGAAAGGUUUGUGUUUUUCAUUCGGAAAAUGGGAUCAGUCAGCUGGAAGCUUCCCGGGCUUACGUGUAUCUUCAUCACAUCAUCUGGCUUCCACUUUUGGACGUUUCACUGGAAAGUUAGACAAAAAACAAGUGCCAACGAAAGCAGACCAGUCACAUGCUUAGCGCUUCUUCCAUAGCCUGCUCUUUUCCUUUUGUUUACCACGGCUGAGAUCCGGAUGCCUUCUGCUGCUGCUCAGUGUUACGUACAUCAGGUUUGCUGUCAAAUUCCCAAUGCGGUGCAAUCGCUUGACUUGGAUUUGAGUUUCUUAGCGCUAGUACAGAAUGCCAACUGACAGGAGGAGCGAAAUAGUUGUAAUCUACAAGUGCCUGUUGUCUUAGAUGCGUGACGUGCUCGUGUUUGGAUUGAAUGAUACACAGGAGGACAUGCAAUGUGAAACGUAAUCUGCCCUUAAUGUUAAUAAUAUUUUGAAAAAGACGUUUAUGAAAUUGUAGAACUUGUGCAGAGAUUAGUUAAUGAGCAAAUACCACAAUACUAGUGUGUAGUGGCUUUGUCAGCAGUAUCUACAGUUACUGCGUUUGUCUUCAUAUGUUUUUAUUGCUGUAUGAAAGGUUUACACUUUGGACUAUUUUGCAAUAUUUGAUUUGGGGAAAACCUGGCUGCCAUUGGUGAUUUGCGGCUUUAGAACUGUAGUGAAUCUGUUUUAUUGUCCGUGUUAAGUCUGACAUGCCUGCUGCUGUCAUAAAUCCAUUUAAGUGAAGAGAUUUCAUAUACUAGCGUAUGUUCAAUUUUACAUUCCAGAUAAUAAAAAGCCUGUUUCUUUCAUUCUUUGACUGAUUUUUUUAAUGCUAGAAAUGGAAAAGCCCACAGCUCAGUUUAGUCGAUUUUGUAAGCUAUUGAAAAAAUAUUGCUGAAAUCUUUAUUAAAUGUUAUUUCAUUGGUGUUGGAGGGGGUUAUAAACUAUUGCUUUUUGUUUUUCUUGGUUGUACACUUAUUUUGUCUACCUAAUGUUUGAUUGAAUAAAUGAUUUUGUAAUGGACAAAUGUCUCCAAAUGAGCAACGGUGAGAUGCAGUGAUUGUAAAAGCAUGGCUGGAUGUUUAUUGUAGCGUUUCCAGGAGUCCGGCUUGAUGCUUCUCAUCCUGCUGCCCUAUAAAUAUACUCUUUCAACAUCUUUCUGGACCGACCACAGUCGAGUUGCUUUUCCCGGCAGCAGCUCAGCACCCUGACUCAUCACUGUGGCUGCACAAAACCGCUCCGCCAGAACUUUUACUCAGCACUGCGUGUCGCGCUUCCAGAUAGAGCAACAUACUUAGGAACAGAUAACAUGACUUUUGACUUAC